AUGACUGAUAUCACUACGAUUGAUAAUAUCAUUGGUUUGAUUCCAGAUGUAAUCAAUGAGCAACAGCAACAACAAAAACAUGAAGAGCCAGAGCCAGAGACAAAGUACCCCCCACGCGAACUAUUGUUUGAGCACGACUCAUCAUUGAUGGAGGACAUUGACCUGUCCACAAGUUGUGGCAGUGACAAGAACAACAUCAAUAGCAGUUGCAGCAGUAGUAGCAUAAACAAUAGCAUGGACAGUGUCAGGAUUCGAGAUGUGGACAUACCCUCACUCACCAUAUCGACAUCCUACGACGACAUGUCCUCGCUCGAAGGAUUGGGCAGCCACUCACGAUCAGUGCCAAACCUCUCCAUGCUGCUCAGCUCUCAUCAUCAUCACGAUCAAGAUGACCACCAUUCAAUCUGCGACUCGAUCACUCCCAUUGCCAGUAUGUCGGCGGCGCCCUCGCCCAGCCUCCAGUCAGUGGGCUCGUGCGACAGCUUCGAAGACAGAGUGCCAAUCACAUUGGGCAACAUGAAGGACAAUAUGAAGGAUAUGAGCGAGCACACAGAGUUGUCUGGACCAUUGGUCGCCGGCAUCCGACCGACACGUGUCGGCAAGCUCUUUGACCACUUUAUCGUGGUGGGUCUGCCACCAACCAUGGACAUCAAAUGCACACAACACGAUGAGCGUCAGCGCCACGCGCCUCAAAUACUCUACAGCUAUCCGCCAGAGACCACUCUGCCCAAUGACAUGAUCGCACAGUUCUGUUUCCCCAGUGGAGUCGAGUCACGCUCAUCCCAACGAUCAGCCAGCUACUCAUCACUCAAUCAGAUUGCCUUUUGCAAUCUCGCCACACUGCUCAAUCCCGAUCACUCAUUCGUCUUCCUCCUCAACACCUCUGACUCACUCUACUAUGGUGUAUGCAUAGUCAAGGAUGAAGAACUAUGUUCCCUUCCAUCGUUUGUACCAACAUCUGAUGCGCAAUCACCAUCGCAAGACACAACAACCAGUAGCAGUGACGGAGGUAGCAAUGAAAGCUCACCAUCGAUCAGGAAUAGAGAUCAAUUCGACUUCAUUGCACCAAGGGUAUACUGCCUGCUCACUAGAUUCCCCUUCUUCCAACUGCACUUCCAAAUACUACACUCGAUGCUUGAACGCGAGAGAAUGUUGAUGUUGUUCUCACUCACAGAGUCGUCUGAUCCAAACUCUGACGUACGCACAAUGGACAUUCUCAACAUGUAUUAUGGCAUCAACAUGGAGACUGUUCGCGAGAAGAUUCAAUUCAAGAUACCUGGACAGGACUACAAGACCGACUUCCACUGUCCACUGGGCGGUGAAGAUCGUUUGAUUGCAGACUGGUCACUCUUUACAAUGUUUGAGUCGAUGAACAUGGAAGACAUUGUUACAAUGUUUGCCUGGGCACUAAUGGAACGCUCCAUAUUGGUUGUUUCCAAGGACCUUGGCAACGUAUCAUCCUUGAUCUUCUCAUUCAUUCCCUUGCUUCGACCAUUCGUCUGGCAAUGCUGUUUCAUACCCAUCCUACCAGAGGCAUUGAUAGAGUCAUUGGAAGCACCAUUCCCAUUCAUCAUUGGUAUUAAUGAGCUUCCAAAAGAAGUAUUGGCCUCAAAGAAGGACUACUUGAUCGUUGAUGUGGACAACAAGAAGAUCAUCUAUCCAUCAAACUCAUCACAAGUACCCACAUUACCAGGUUCAAAGAAAUUGUUGGAGACAUUGUUGAUGCAAAAGAAGGAGACAUUCAAACUCCAGAACAUUAUACCUCUGGAUCAUUUGAAGAGCAAGUACACAGAGAAUAUCAUCACUACAUUCAAAGAGUAUCAUAGUUGGAUUGUGGACCAGAUCAGUAGUGGAGUGAUCACUUGUAUCAACAACUCGGCAAACACUACCACCAUCGACGCACCAUCGUCCAUCGAACUGCUCAACAAGCAGAGUAUACACUUCCUGGAGGACCACCAUAAGCAGGUUCUGCACUGUCUGCCCGACGACUUUAAACGCUUCUUUGAUCAGUUCUUCCACUCACAGAUGUUUGCCUCCAAUGCCGUCCGGCUGAUGCUGGCCGUGCAGGAGCAGCACAAGAACAACAUCAGCGAGAUUGAGAAGUUGGACGCCAAGAUUCAGCUCGAGGAGAAGUCGCGCGAGAUACUGCUGGAGCAACACAAGAUCGCCAUCAAGGGUGAGAACAACCGAGCAGACAUCAACACGAUCAAACAACUGUUGCGCGAGUCUGAGGACUUGAUCAGCGAGCUGAAGGAAGGAAAGAGGAAGCUGGAGAUGGAGGCGUUGGCCAUCAGUCCAAACAAGAACAACAACUCGCUGACUGCCCUGUUGGGUCUGUCUGAGAUCAGGAAGAAGAAGCUAGAGUUUGGCCACAGAAGGAGUAGAUCCACCUGUGACCAGGUCGAGAAGAACAUCCUGAACAAGCGAGCGAACAAGCCAGCCAGCGUCUUCCCCUUCUUUGACCUUGGUCGAUCGAGCCUUUCAAGGUCUCAGUCGCCAAGGUCUCAUUCGCCCAAUGUCACUGGCGAGAAGGAUGACACCACCACUACAUCUGGCGAGCAUAACAACAACAACAAUGAGUGUGGAGACAAGUCACCAUCACUUCUAUCAACAUCCAUCGACUUUUCAGAGAAGUGGCGUCAGUUUGACUUCCUUCCAGACAUCUUCAAGUCUGCCAGUAGCAAGGCAGCCGCUGCGGCCAAGUCACCAAGUUGA